UUAUUUCCUUUUCUUCUCUUGUUUCUUUCUUUCUUUCUUUCUUUCUUUCUUCCUUCCUUUCUUUCCUUUCUUUCUUUCUUUCCUUUCUUCUCUUUUUCUUCGCUUUGCUACUUCUCUAUUGCAUCAUUGCCUUCCCCAUUGUCUUUGCGUCCAUUUCCAGAGUUCACACCUCUCAUUCCUCUCCAUCACCACAUUCCUUUCCCUUUCUUUACAAACUUCCUCUAAUAACCCAUAAUGAGUUCUCCUUUGAACCCUGGAACUGCAACAGAACACAGCUUCACCCCUGUUCAGACCCUUUCUGAACAAGAAAAAAAGUUACAACGACUCUAUGGAAACAGACUCCCAACGGCACAGGGCCUCUUAGGACAGAAGUUGAAGGAACGGAAAUACUUUGAUUCUGGAGACUACGCACUUUCCAAGGCUGGAAAGACAUCAGCAGCUGUGGGAUCUCAACACCCCCAACCAGAAAACAUCCCUCAUUCGACUCCAUCUACAGCAACUCAUCAUGGAUCACCACCUGUGAAGGAGAGUUCAUUGAUUCAUGAAGCUGAUGUAACACCAGAAGUGCAUCCUACAAGUGCACAGCCAAAUGUUUGA